AGGCUUUAAAUGAAGAAAAGGAGGAUUUAAUACAAUCUAUAAAAAAACUGAGAGAAAUAAAAGAUAACCUCGUUAGUUCAAGCAAAUUAAAAAAGACUGAGAGGCUACUAAAGAAAGAAAAGCAAAAACUAAUAACUGAAACUAGAAAAAGGCGUACCUUGAAGAGCAUUCUUUGGGCUUUAAUAUUUUUUAUGGUUUCAUACUUUGUAUAUGCCAGUUUGAAUUCGGAUCGUGCAACCUUCAAAAGUAGCUUUGAUUUAUUAGUCAACAACACUCUUAGCGUUUUCCCGCUCUUUUCUGUUGUUGAUAAUGGAGCGGUGGGCACAAAACUUUUUAAACAUGGCUAUAAACUGGAACAUCCAGUUGUUCUUAUUCCCGGUUUUGUGAGUACGGGUCUCGAAGUGUGGCAGCAGCACGAACUCUGCUCUUCUACUAUGCACAGAACUAGAGUCUGGGGCUCAAUUUCUAUGGCAAAAGCAUUUUUUACGGAUUUUCGUUGCUGGUUUCGACAUAUGUCGUUAAAUAGAUCAACUGGUUUAGACCCGGAGGGCAUUAAAGUUCGGCCCGUCGAUAGCUUUUCAGGAGCAGCGGAAUUUAACGAAUUCUAUUGGCUUUGGAAUAAGAUCAUUGAUAAUUUAGCAAAAGUAGGUUACGACUCGAACACAAUCCACAUGGUUACCUACGACUGGAGGCUUUCUUUUGUUAAUUUAGAAAUUAGAGACAGGCUUUUUACAAGAUUGAAAACUCAAGUCGAGCUUAUGAAACUAAUACACUCCAAAAAGGUGGUUUUUAUGAGCCACUCCUACGGUACUCAAUUGCUUUUGUAUUUUUUAAAAUGGGCGGAAAGCCAGCAAGGUGGUAAAGGCGGAGAUUCCUGGGUUGAUACACAUGUCCAUGCUAUUUGCAACAUUGCGGGCUCUCUUCUUGGUGUCCCUAAAAGCUUUUCCGCCAUUUUAAGUGGCGAAAUGAAGGAUACCUCUCAGCUCGGAGGGACCCUAAAUGAGCUGCUGGAAUUCUGGUCUGUUUCCAGUCGAAAGCAGCGUGUAGAUCUAUUUCGUACAUGGCACUCUCUUUUCACGAUGCUCCCUAUUGGGGGAGCCGAGGUCUGGGGGGACGAUGGGUCGACUCCCGAAGAGCCCUCACCUCAGGGAGCCAAUAGGAGCAACCUCUUUGCACCCCCACUGGUUAAUGGAUUAUUUGCACACGUGGAAGAAACUUGUGCGGAUGCCAAUGUGAAUGCUGCCAACUUGCGGAACUUUUUGAAGAACGAACUUACUGGCUCGGGCUCAAUGCCGUUGAAUAUGAGUUUUGGUUAUUCGAAGACUCCGUCAGCGAACGAUCACAAUCCUUUGAAAUGGCACAACCCUCUAGAGGUUCGGCUUCCCUACAGUCCCAACCUGACUAUCUACUCUUUCUAUGGCGUAGGAAAACCGACAGAACGAGGAUUCCGGUACAGAUGCAAUCAGAAGUUCAAGUACUCCUUCGUCAUCAAUACCAACUAUAAUGAGGACACGUGGAUCAACGGAGUUCGAUUUUCUGAGGGCGACGGGACUGUACCUCUGAUUAGCCUUGGCUAUCUCUCCGCCAAGCAGUGGCGAACUCGAUCUCACAAUCCCGCUGGAUCCAAGAUCAUCACUCACGAGAUCGCCCACAAUCCUCACUGGAUCAGCCCCCGAGGAGGCGACUUCACUGGAGACCAUGUCGACAUCUUAGGCAAUUAUGUGCUUAACGAAGCGCUCGUAAAAAUUGCUUGUGGCUCCACCGUGCAGCAGCAUUUUAUCUCCAACAUACAAUCAAUUUCAGAGGCCGUUUAUGAUAGACUUGAGAACUCGCAGUGAUAGAGACAAUUUAUAUUAAUUUGCGUUUCCAAGUACUAUAAUUAAUAAUAUUA